GGUUUACCAACAUGGCGGCCUCGAAGCUCGAAAUCAAUUUCCGCCGUCUUUUGGAACGCUGCGAAGCGAUGGCCUCAGAAAUCCAGGAGAAUAAAGAAAACGUAAGCUGGAGGUUGGAAAAAGUGAGUUGUAGCAUUCAUCAAAAAAUUGUUUUCUACUGUUUCCUCUCUAGGAUUUGAACAAAGCUAUCUGGUCGGGUUUGUAACAAUUUUUUCACAGUUUUUAUACUCCAUAUUGCAGUAUGUUUUAACGUUACAGAGGCAAGCUACCGAACUGAAAAAGUCAGAAAGGUUAGUUUUUAAAUGCAGAGAAAUAAGACAAAGGUUAAACGAGCAAUGCGUUAAUGUAAAAUACUGCUUUUCAAUAAUAAGGUUAAAACAGCUGAUACAGGUAGUCUUUACUCUGAUGGGUCUUUAUGUCGGGUCGAUUGUAUUUAUUAUUAAUAUUUUAGUCAUCACAAUAGAGCUUUUUUAUUAGUACCUGACCCAGUUCAAUAAAGGAGAAGAAAGUCUUUUCAUAUUAAAGUAAAGAGUUCAACGUCUUGGUAUACCGACAAUGGACAUAGCUAGUUCAUUGUUUAAUUUUGGUACCCCACUAUUGCGGACUGAAGUAUACCUGUAUCGUACAAACGCGCUAUAAUGACAAAUCUAAUUAAUUGAUAUCAACUAAUCUGGCAAUAGAAACCAGACCCAUAUGCACAUUUCUCCUGUUACUGCAUGUGUGUAGUAACUGUUAAACUUUUAUCAAAUAAAAGUGAACGUCUCUUUUACAGUGCAGUAAGUAAGCUCAUCCAUAACCUGGAUUAGACAGGACUCCAGCCUUGAACAUAACUUUUCUUGAUCCUGUCGGCUUCUGUUUGGCGUAAAAACAAGGUGGGGGCCCGCACCCCUCGGCACCUUCCCCUAGAUCCUAGAUCCUGUCUAUCAGUAGCGUAAAGGUAGACAUCUCCCUUUGGUAGAUUGCAGCGGUUGGCUGGCCUGAGCUAAAUUUAAGUUGUCUAGCAGUAUACAACAUUCUGAAAGGCAGAUGACUUGUGUCUCUAACGUACUGUAGGCAUCAGUGGUCAGGGAUGUAGAUAAUAGCUGGGGGCCGGGAAAAAUACCUGGUUGUCAACAUAAUUUUUCCAGCUGAAAAAAAUGCAGUCUUUAAAAAGGGAACUGUUUUCUUCUCAUGUUAUCUGCCAAUCAAAUGCCAUUUCCCAUCGGUUAUAAAUUUAAGCUACAUCCCUGGGCCCAGUUGUUUGAAAGGAGGUUAGUGCUAACCUGGGGUUAAAUUUUAAGCGGGGUUUCAUUUUCUUUUAAUGAAAAGCACUCACUCGGAUAAUUUUCUCUAUUCUUUUUAGAGUAUCCAAUCAUCAAGUUGUAGGCAAAGUGAAUUAAAUUGAAUUUGCUUUUUAAGCUCUCAUUUCUGAGUUCAAAUUUCGCACUAACCCUGGGUUAUCUUAACCCAGCUUCGAACAACCCGGCCCUGGUGUUUAGCUGAUACCAGCUUCCGAGUUUCACUUUUUUGUCACUCUGUAACUAAACUUUCUUCAGUUCAAAGCAAACAUUCGCAUGGUGAAAAAACCUCUAAUGAAGAUACUGGUGGUUGUUUAAUUUUUUGCAUCACCAAUAAGUGUAGCUAGUAUUUCAGGUCAUGCCAGCUCUUAUGAUUAAAAAAGCAUACCUUUUCAAAAACUGAGAAAUCAAAAUAUUUUGGUUCCAUCAGCUUGUCGAGUCACAUGUAAGAUACAUUUUUGGAAAUAAUCAAAACAUUAAACAUUAAUUAUUUUUUUGUCUUGUUACAGCAAACCAAGUCCAGACACAAUGACUGAAUACAGCAAGAAAGUAGAAUUCCUUAAAGGUUUAAUAGAAACACAGAAAAUGGUGAGACAGAUCAAUGUUUUGAAAUCUUAAGAUACGCGUCUGUUGUUGCAUUCAAAUGGGAAAAAUUAUUGUUUAGGAAUAACUAGGAAAUGCUUUUCAUCAGAGAAUAUACAAGUACAAUAAAUUGUAUAUCAUUUGUAUGUCAAGUAUUUUACCAUUAGUUGCAUGUAAGUGUGGACAUGAGAUAAAAAAAACAUGUUCUAAUAGGGUGCCUGACAUGCCGGUAUAGCAAACUGUCACACCAAAGGUAAUUUGUUUAUAUGUUCUUGAUUGGCGUGGUCUGCUCAUAUUCCAUUUACGUUUACAGGUGACUUUCCGUAUAUUGUCUUCUGUUUUAUUUACAUGAGUAAUACUUACAUGCAUAUGCACGUAAAAAUUAUGGGACAGUGGAAAUCCACCAUCAGUCAUAAGGGGAAAAUCCAGGCACCCUUCAAUUUCUACUGGCUCUGAAAAUACCUUGAUAAUUUAGGUUUGUUAGAAGCUCUCACAUUCUCUUUUCCAAGGGUUUGUUCCCUUUAAUUUUCUAUUGCAGUUAUUGUAUAUCCAUGUAAAAGAAGACUUACCUUCACUUUGUUUUGUAGAAAUCACCAACAGAAAAACUUCUCGCCAGUCGGCAGUUAGUGCGUCCACUGAGUCAAACAUCCAAUGCACAGACCACAGAGGCAGACAAAGGACAAACAGUAAACAGAGCACAAGAACUUCACAUCAGAGCAAAGUCACAGAUUAAUAAAGAGAUGAGAAGUGAACUUCUGGGAGAAGGUGAGAAUAAUGCAGCUAACAAUAUUUCACUUCUGAUACAAUGCACUUGUAAGUUGGUUUAUUUGAUAUUUAUUUUCGUUGAUUUUUGUAAGGAUCAUGAACAUUACUGGCUUACAUUCCUCGACACAUUACAAGGGUUUUCUUAGCCCAAUAUUUUCAUAAAACCAAGGACUUUCAGGGCACCUUAUCAUGGCACAUUCAUUUUGCCUUGUUUUUGGUCAUUUUGUGACAUGAAAUACUUUGGUUUUUUUAAGUAAAUUGAAUAAUAAAUUUAAUUAAUUUAUUAGUGUUAAGAGUUAACAAGGAACCUUGCUUAUUUUCCAGACAAUAAGAAAGACAAUCAUGGACCGCGAAACAGGUGACUGAUUAUAUAAUAUUAUUUCACUUGCAUAUUACUAGUUUGGUCCCUUAGUCGCUGUAACAAAUAACUCUUUAUUUUCAAAUCCCUCAUAAUCACUCUGUUUGCUCCCAAUGCAACACUUGGCAUAAACUAUAGUCUUCAAAUGCUCCUGGGAGAACUGUGUAGUUCCAAGGGCUUCUGAGAACAAAAACUUUAUUUAUACGCAAAGCCUCAAUCGGUGAUAAAAUUGUUGAAACAUUGUACUCAAAUAGGGUAACUUCAGAGAACAAAAGAAUGCGCACCCUUUCCCCCCUACACAAUUCAAAGUUGGGGUGUUUGUUGUUUUCUGUAUGUAGCUUGAACAGCAGCACAACAUUGCAUGGAGCGGAUGGGGGAGGAAAAGCUUUAUUUUCACCUUUUGAAGUCAGUAAAACCUCAGAAAGCCCCUUUACGGCAAAGUGUCUCAACUAAUUUUGUCACCAAUUGUAGGGAGGCAAACAGGGUGUAUUAUGUGGAAACUCCAAAAAAUAAAAGUCAGUGGAAACAAAUCCCUGAUAGCAAGUCAGUAUGACUUUUUAAGUAUGCACAGCUGGUGUCAACUUAAUAUUUUCUGCAUCAUGAAUUGUUGGUUAGUGAUGAACAAUCUGCCUUUUAUAGCCUGUGUUCCAGCUCCUUCCCACACAUUGUCUAAACCCUCAGAGUGUGUUCCAUUUGAAUGAUCCAAAUAAGGAUCAGUGACCUGUGAUCACUCAGAAUAUAGCACAUCAAAGGACCCAAUGAAUCAACCCUGGGAAAGGAUUCAUCAGUUCACUUGACGUACCACGGCAUGGUUUCAAAUUGAGAGGGCCUGGAUAUGAGUCAGUUUAUCAUGGGCUAAACAACACAAGACCUAUAUCGUCAGAAAGAGAGAAAUAGCAACAUUCUCCAGUUUGGUGUUUACCGGACCUAUAUUGAACGAUAUAAAUAGAUGUAAGGUCAAUGUGUACAUCUCCUAUAAAAGUAAUUUUUAAGUUUACAAAUAGCUGUAUCUUGUUUGAUAUUGGCGCGAUCGACACCAAACUUCACAUAUUUCAUAACCUCAAUGUGCUUUUUCUGACCACCUGGAUCUCGUGUUGUUUAUCCCGUAAUAAACCAACUCGUACCCAGCCCCUCUUGAUUUGAAACUAGGCAAUGGCUGAGUGAUCUCUGACCUGGAUCAUCCCAAAGGAACUCACUCUUAGUCUAUACAUGCUGUACAUGUAGUGUCUGCCAUGCAGGCUACUUGUUUUUGACAAUCUUUUUUCUUGAAGAUUAACAGGCAACAAGAAAAGUGAUGCAAAUGAUGAAAGCAUUGACUCAGUUCUACAAUACCAUCAGAACUUACAAGAAAAUAUAGCAGAGGAAAUGAUAAAAAUGGCUCAGCAUAUAAAACAUACAUCUGUCAUGGCCAGCAACAUUAUUAAAGAAGAUAACAAGGUUACUAGGAUGUUUGUCCUUUAAUAACAGUAAAUAAAAAAUUAUUGGAUGAGGUCUUUUCCUGACAUCUGAAACAGACUAGGUCAAGUAAAUAUUAUAUGCUGAAGCUGAUAAUUCUUACUGAGAAUUUGAGUAUUGCGAAUACCGUAUUUCUUUGAAUAAUAGUUGUCCCUGAAUUGAUCGCCUCCCUUGAAUAAUUGCCCCCCUUUGAUGGAAAUGUUUAAAAUAAUCGCCUUGCCCACCUCUAUAGGUUACCCACUAGGGAUAACCAUUGUGGAACGUGGAGGAUGAAGCUAAAGUAGCCUGCGUAGCAAGCGUUUCCGUUUGGUUUCCGAGGAAGGGGACUUUCGGUUUUGACCGAGCAAGAAAUGAAACGAGAGCCAAAAAGUGAAAGAGGGGGGAGGGGGAGGGGAAGGAAGGAAACCUUCCUUUCUUCCCCACCCCCUCCCCGCUCUUUUACCUGCCCCACUUUUCUCGUGGUCUUUGACUCUCGUUCCUCGUUCUUUUCUCCUAAACCGUACAGAAACGCUUGCUACGCAGGCUGAAGCUAAAGUGGAGUCUGAUUCAGCAAAACUGAUCAGUGAUGAUUCAAGCUCUGAUGCCACAGAAAUGGACAGCAAAAAUUAAUAAAUGAACCAAAUUUGGAACACUUUAAAUGCCAAUGUUCUUUUAUCUGAUGUGAGUUAUUUUUUUAUUUAAUGGAAAAACAGAACAAAUAUCUAGUCAGUAAUAUUUGAAAUUGUCACCUCCCUCAAAUAAUCGCCCCCUUUUGGUGCAAAAAAAGAAAUAAUCGCCCCCAGCUAUUAUUCGAGGAAAUACGGUAUCCCAAAAACCAGAUCCAAUAAGAAUUGUUUUAUUACACACAGUUGUGAGGAGCGAAGAUAGUGUUAUGGUAAACACAUUGUCCUUGAAUAGCAAGCUUUGUGCACAGAAUUUGAAGGCUGUCAUAAAUAUGAUCAGCUACCAAGGUGACCCCUGGCCUACAGUUAUCAAUUUAAUAGAGUAAAAAUAGAACCAAAAGAAAUCUGUACCUGUUAUAUUCCCUGCUUACUUGUUUCCUGCAACUUGAAAUCUUAGUGACAGCCAUGUAAAUUUGUAUCACUAAGUUUCUUUACUAUUGUAGAGAUGAAUUACCCAAAUUUUGCACAAAACCACUGCCAAGAAUGCAAAAAGUCCACUUUUGGUUGAUGUGCAUUAUUCAAAACAAAGGUUGUUAAUGUGGACUUAAGUAAAGUCUCUAAAACAGCUCAUAUAAAGGAUAAUGCCUGAGCCCUAAGACCUUGUUAAAAAUAAUGACUGAGCGCCUGAGGUCAUUAUUUUUAACAAGGCCUUGGGCCAAGGGGUAUUAUUUAACGUACUUUUCCACUGUUUUAGAAACAGCAAGUCAUAAUUAGGAUCUCUUGUUCCACCCCAGUGACCUGUGGUUAAAUUUAUUGAAAAUUAAUAGUAACUAAUGUUCAAAACAAUAGAAAGGUGCAUUAAUAACAAGGAAGGCAUAUUUACAAAUUGGUCAUUUGACGAAGCUCCAUGUACAGACAACAGAGUGCGAGAUAAACUUUAAAAAACUUACAGUUAAAUUUUCUCUUUUGGUUUUUAGACGUUGGAGCAGUCAACAAAACUUGCAGAUUCAAAUUUUGAGAAACUAAAACGAGAAUCAGAAAGACUUGAGGAAUUAACACAGACACCAUGUUCCUGGUGGAUCUGGAUUAUGAUAAUUACAGUCUGUAUUGUGUUUAUGUGGAUGAUUAUAUUUAUUAGACUUUUCCCAAAGAAGUGA